UCUACAACACAUGAAGGUUGAAUAAACAUGUAGAAGCGGGUUAGGUCAUAAAAUGCAUACAUUUUGUGUGUCCAGCCGAGAUUAUUUUCAUGUUGCACCAGUUGCGAAGAGCGCGUUGAAAACUGGUGGCAGAGAUGUUUUAGGUACAAGUGGAGGUUAAUACUUGAGAAGUUUUGUCUCUAUACCAGUUAACUUUUGAAAAGUCCUACACUUUAGCUUCACUAGCUGCUAGCUCCAUAAGUUCACAAUGGCAUCAGCGGCCAUAGAAGUCCCGGAGAACUCGGAUGAAGUGGAGAAGACUAGGCUCCUGCAGUGCGAAGAGUUUGCCUCCAUCACUGGGUCAGACAGCGCUGUUGCUCAGUGCUAUUUAGCCGAAAAUGACUGGAACAUGGAGAGAGCUCUGAAUGCAUUUUUCGAGGCUGACAUGGAAUCCGUUUUUGCCGUGGACUUUGAUGAAGAAACUCCAAAAGACAACCACAGUACAGACCUGAAAAGGAAAAGCACAGAGAACACAGAACCCUCCAACAAACGGUUGAAACCUACAGAAAAUACGUGCAUAGACUUGACGAGCGAGGAGCCCAGUGGAUCCAGUAGCAGCAGCAGCAGCAGAAGCAGCAGCACAAAGCCUGUUGUGAAUGGAGCAUCAACAGCCCAGCCAGUGGAGGAGGAGAAAGCUGACCCAAAGCUGUCUCUUCUCACGUGGAAUGUGGACGGCCUGGACACACUGAACAUGGCAGAACGGGCGAGAGGCCUCUGCUCUUACCUGGCUUUAUACACACCGGACAUCGUAUUUCUUCAGGAGCUGGUGCCACCGUACAUUCAGUACAUCAGAAAGAGGGCCGUCAGCUACAUCGUCAUUGAAGGUGGGGAGGAGGGCUACUUCACGGGCCUGAUGCUGAAGAAGUCCAGAGUGAAGUUCCUGCAGAGUGAGAUCAUCCCCUACCCCAUGACACAGAUGAUGAGGAACCUGCUGGUUGCCCAGGUCACCUUCCAGGGCCAGGAGCUGUGUCUGAUGACGUCCCACUUUGAGAGCUGUAAGAACCAGGCGAGCGAGCGCAUGAACCAGCUGCAGAUUAUGUUGAAGAAGAUGAGGGAGACGCCGGGGAACAAGACCAUCAUCUUCGGGGGAGACACCAACCUGCGGGACACAGAGGUAGCGAAGGUGGGUGGUCUGCCAGCGGGUGUGUGUGACUUGUGGGAGUCCCUUGGCAAACAGGAGCACUGCCGCUACACGUGGGACACUAAGGCCAAUAGCAACAAGAGUGUCCCCUACAUCAGCAGGUGUCGGUUCGACCGCAUCUACCUGCGGCCCGCCACGCAAACGGGCACUCCCAAGAUGGCGGCGGAUCACAUGAUCCUGGUGGGGCAGGAGAAGCUGGACUGUGGACGCUUCGUCAGCGACCACUGGGGCAUAUACUGCACCUUCACCACCGGCUGAGACAGUGUGUGUCAGGCAGUGGCCAUCUACUGCACCUUUGGAGUGUGUGUGUGGAGUGUGUGGUCGGCGAGUGUGGUCAGUGUGAUGAGUGAGUAAGUGUGUUAAGUGUGUGUUGAGUGUGAUGUGUGAGUGAGUGUGAUGGGUGAGUGAGUGUGAUGUGUGUGUGCAAAGAAAUUGUCUUAAUAAAACUCCUGCAUACUUUUAAA